CCGCUUUGCUUUCUUUCCCUUUCCCUUCUCCUCCUCAUCAUCCUCAUCCUUCCAUCUCACUGCUUGAAGGAUUGGACAGCUUCAGCUAUUAUUAUUUGCAACUUCUCACUCCUUUCACAUCCUUACUUCUUCACAUUCAUUCUUUCCUUCUCUUUCGAAUCUGGAGAGUGAUCAACCCGUCUGUCUGUCUUUCUCUGAUACACACCUCUGCCGCCGUUCGUUGAACCAAUAACCAUGCGUUUCUUGCAACUCCUCAGCCUCGCCGGGGUCGUAGCCUCGACGGCCAUCAACGCCCUCGCCCGCCACAACAUCAGAAGUCCCUCGACUCUCCCCUCCGAACCUGCUCUCAAGCCGCGCCGUAUCGCCAGCACCAGCGGCACCACCAUCCAGCCCUUCUCCAUCUCUGACCUUUCCGCCCAGUCCUUCAGCGACCCGGCCUCGACGUCGUGGAACCGCUCCCUCUCCUUCCUCUUCUCCGACCCCAACUCCAACACCAGCACCAUCUGCACGCACUCCUGGACCGACACCCGCAACAGCAGCAGCGCGCCCACCUCCUACGUAGCCUGCGACCCCACGUCCAACGACGAGAACUUCCAAUGGCAGUUCACCUCCUACACCAGUAUCCAGACCUUCUCCAUCGAGUUCUCCCACGGCUGGAACGAUCCCGCUUUUAAUCUAUCUUGUACUGUUGGCUCAGCGGCCGGGUUCCAGGCUUGCUCGUUGCCUGCGGGACAGGAUCCCUACCGCGCUGCGGUGAACGCUCUCACGAACUGA